ACAACACCUCUAUAGAUUCUUGUAUCCACGCAGGGAUUUUAGCCUUAUAUUCGUUCGAUGGAUUAGUGUUCAAGGAUUAAACAAGAAUUCACCGUAUUGUUAUAAGUAAUAUAAUUAUUGUUGUUUAUUUUUGUGUGCUGUUAUCAAUAGUAUCACUAGGGUUAUGUAUUCGUAAGAUUCGUGAUUAACACUCGAGAUUUAGUUCAACGGUGGCUGAUCAUGUUUUAAAUACGUAUUUAAACUCGUGUAUUUUAAACCUUAUUCUUGAAUAAUCAGCGCAGGUUUAGCGCACAGAGGAAAACAUUUAAACUAGAGAAGCAAUUUCUCCUUUUACGACAUCUUGUUUGGUGCACAUAGAUUAGUGCAUUGUUAGAUUAGGGACAAAUGAUGGGCAUUGUUAGAUUAGGGACAAAUGAUGGGCAUUGUUAGAUUAGGGACAAAUGAUGGGCAUUGUUAGAUAAACGAUCCGCUUAGCUGGAUCUGGUGUGGAUUCUGCAUUUUAAAUUAUGUUUUAUUUACUUCAGCACUAGGGUCAGGAAGAGACCACCCAUGAAAACCCUACCUGUAUGCCUCUUCUUGUCACUAGCAGUGCUCGGUCUUGCUGUGGUAAGUACCACUAGCUGAAUUAUAUGUCUAGAGAAAUACGAAGGAGAUUUUACCGAUCAAAACUCAUCUUUUUACUACAUCUCACAUCUACCUGAGUUUAUCAAAAAAUUAAUUAUAUGUAUUGAUCUGCCUUGGUGUUUACGGAUCAGAAUGUCUAUUUUCUUUUAUUGUACGACAUACUUACAUUUUGAGAUCAACCAAAAAUAUUGUAAACUAAUUUUAAGGGGGAAAAAAACUACCAAAAAAAAAACCAACAUGUCAAAGAUUGUAUUAUUUAUAAAUAGAGCACGUUUAACACCAACCUACACCUAAAAUAGCUCAACUCUUGCAGCCACAAUUCGGUAACUUCACCAAGGUCACCACGAUACCAGAAGGCAUCACCUACAACGAGCUUCUGUCCGUCAUUGACUGCUCAGACACGGACCAUGGUCCUACCAAUAGUUAUGUUCUAACUGUGGUGCCAUCCACACCGUGUGGGCAGUGCUUCAAGAUCUUCUCAUGUCCGGAGGGUACUUUUUGUGUGUGAAUGAGGCUAAACUUAAUUUAAUGUAUUUGUGUUAUACAAGAUAAAUAUAUAUAUAUAUAUAUAUAUAUAUAUAUAUAUAUAUAUAUAUAUAUAUAUAAAGAGUGUGGGCAGACAGUGAGAGCGAAAGAGAUGAAGAGAGAGAGAAAGAUAGAAAUAUACAUAAAGAAAAAGCGGGCAGGGAGUGAGAGAUAUAGAGAUGAAGCAAGACAGACAGAGAGAGAGAGAGAGAGAGAGAGAGAGAGAAAGAGAGAGAUAGAAAUGGAAGACACAAUUAAAAAACAAAUUUUAUCCCUAACACUACAUGCACUUAUUUAUUUACUUUAAGGACCAGAUGUUGUAAUAAAAAAAUAUUUCAUUAUAAUCAAAUAUUUUAUUAGCAAAAAAUUGCUCCAUGUUUCAUUAAUUUGCCUGUAAAAUUGCUCAUGUGUAACUAGUUAUUUAAUACCAAAUUAGAAGCUCUAUCUGGAAUCUAUUUCAUGGAAUAUUGUUCCUUCAAUCUUUUUAUUAGAACGUAAAGGGUUUAAGGUUGAAAUUAAUCAACAGCUUUAACUUGUCAUUAAUGCAUUAUAAAAUGGUUCAUUAAAUAUUUAAUUUAAAUCGUGUUCCAAUUGUUACAAAUAUAAUUAUCAAAUAAACGGUUUCACAAUUUGACAAAUAGUUUGAAUAAAAUAAAUAGUAUUCUUUAAACAACAAAAUACUAGAAUGAAUGAUAACAGAAUGAACGUUUCACUGUCUACAGGCGACUGCCUACAGUACAGGGCUGGUGUGGAUCAGCUGGACUACAGGCAGGCUCCGUCCUAUCUGAUCACUAUAGCCUGUGACAACGGGGUGGACACGCCUGACCAGCGGGUGGUACAGGUCAUGGUCGUACCGAGCUCACCUCCCGUGUUCGACCCAGAUUCCUUGUACGGUGAGUUAGACAACAUGUUUGGGGAAAAGAAUGAUGGUGCCGAGACACAUCAUUUACGCCCUAAGGUCUUUGGUUACGACUACUGAAUCGGUUUUACAGUGAAAUCUGAUGGAAAUAUGGUGGACCUUGAUGGGAAUAUGGUGUAUCUUGAUAAGAGUAUGGUGGACAUUGAUGGGAAUAUGCUAGACGUUGAGGGGUAAUGGUGGAACUUGAUGGGAAUGUGGUGGACAUUGAUGGGAAUAUAGUGGACCUUCAUGCAAUGAAAACUAUCAAAGAUAACAACUUCAAAAAGAAAUAUACCUUUAAAUCUAAACAAGAUGAUUAGAGUUCUGACGAUUUCAUUAUAACAAAUUAUAAAUAUAUCGUUAUUGUUUUGCCUUUUUUUAUAAUGGUCUUUUUUAUUAUAAAUAAAAUAUGUUUUUUAGGUUUUAAAACAAAAAAUUGUAGUUAGUUAAUACUGAAUCCCAUUUACAAAUGGCACUUGAAACCGUCUCUCCUCAGUAAACAUUAGCAUCGACUCACACAAGACGCCAGCAAGGACCGUGCUUUUUGACGUUGACGCGGUCGACAAAGAUAAUGAUGACGUCAUCUACUCGCUUGCCGUUGUACCCUCGACGUCAGCUGGACAUUACUGGAUAGAUUCAUGUACGAUGACACACCCUAUCAGGUCGUUUAUCUUUGACAUCCGCUUGACAUUACAGGGUAGAGUCAUGCAUGACGACACAUUACACUAGGCUUUCUUCUCAUUGGUAGUUUUGUCGCUUACAAAAGUUGACUUUGAAACAACCUAAGAUAUGGGUUUCAACAUAUAUCUGUUAGCAUGACCCACGAAAUUAAGUAGUCUGGUCAAUAUUUUAAAACGACAUCCGUGAUAAACGGUUGGAACAUGGGCCGGUAUUGUCUUCGCCACACCAAAACUUCUUCUUUUAAAGCUAACAGCUCCCUAGGCGUCUCUGAUCCACGGAGCGGCACGCACGGAAACAACUCCAUAAAUUGAAUGAAAUUCCCCAGUGACAAACACCGAGGAUGUCUUCCCUUAUAAUCAUUGUUAUUGAUACUGUCUUUAUUUAUGUUCUCAACCCCGAGACGAAGAUAGCAUCUUCUCUAUGAUUCGCAGCUAAAUCAUUCAGCACAGUUUAUACAUCAAUAAAACUUACUUCAAAAAAUAACUUAAACCUAAACGUUAUCUUAAGUACAUUGCAUGUUACAAGAAGUUUGGCUUUCAACAUGUUGAGUGGUUUAUUUCUUCAAACAGUAUGAAAAGUAAAUGGCAUGUUGAAAAGUCCUAAGCAAGUUUUUUUGUAGCACCUGUACUUCAUAACAGCGCGUUUUAAGUCUGUCUACUAAUCUUGCCCAAUUGUAAUAUUUAUUUUUUUUUUUGUUGUUGCUCGGUCUGAGUAAUGAUUUACUCUGAACAGUUACAGGAGAGAUCUUCACCACGGUGGACACGAGGAGAGAGUGUGACCGUAAUGACGUCAGCCUGCUGGUGACGAUUACUGACGGUAAAACCAAAGUGGGACCACUGGUCAUCGACGUGUCAAUACUGAGUAAGGUUUUAUUUUUAUCGUUUUACUUUCUGUAUUUAUUUCUGGCUUCUUAUUCUUAACCGCAACAGAUUUGAGCGCUUAGAGCAGACUAGCGACUUAUAUUUGGGCAAUAACUGAAAACAAAUGGCCUAGAUGUUGACAACGAUAAAGUAAUGAGCCGGAGAGUUGAGAAAUAGAGACUUUUGAAAUUCACUACAGCCUCACUACUUUCAUGUUGCAUAUAUUUGGUGAAUUUUAAAUAAAAAUGGAAGAUUAUGUGAUACAUUCUAAUAGAAAAAUGUAUCGUAUAUAUAUAUAUAUAAUAAAUAAAUAAGUUGAUAUUUUAUUUUUUUUCAAAAUAAUUAUGAAAUUCUUUUUUAUUCACGGAUCAAAAGUUAACAUGUUAAACCAUGGCAAAGUUUAAUCUUGUUUUUGUCUUUAAAAUUUUUUAUUUGUUUCAAUUUCACUUAAGCCAGUUUUAGAUAAAUAGUUUAGAAAUACAUCGUGGAACAAGAUACGUGUAGACUUGAAAAUAACAACUCCUAAUUAUGUGUUGUUUCUCCUUUAGCUUUGCCUGCUGAAGAAGGCGUUCAGCCGAAAAGUCUUUUUCAUUGCCCUUUAUAAAAAAAAUUAAGCAUAAAAUGUUACACUAUUUAUUUGUUUCAAACUGCUUGAAAAGAAGUCCCUAAAAUAUUAUCCCUGAAAAAAGCUUUACUGUCAAUCGAAAUCCAACUUUAAAGCUCUGAAUUAAAACCUGCAUGAAAAUGUCAUGAAUAUUCGACCACUGAAGUCUGUAAUGCCUCAUGUAAAAGUUAUAUUUGACGACCUUGUUUUGUGUCAGAUCCCAACGUCUCCCCAAGGGCUGCCAAUCUCGACACAACGGUCCAGAUACCAGAGACAGCCCAGGGGACAGCGUACAGCAUGAUGUUCAUGGAUGAUAACACCAGGGACGUCUUUUACACCGUGACGUCAGGAAACUCUCCUGGUCUUGCCCAGUAUACAAUAGAUGGUAGCUCCUCUUAACUUCUUUCAAAACAAAUGUUUAUGUUUAUGAGUUGAAGGUAUAUAAACUAACCAUUUCUUUAAAAAAAUGAAGGUUGGUCUCAUGUAUUACGAUAACGGUGAUUAACUGAUGCUUUUUGAAAGAUCCUAUUGUGGAGGAACAAAAAAAUAAUAAAAUUCCAGGUAACUUGUAAAUCAGAUGUAUAUUUCUAAACAGUGCCAAACUUAUUAGGAUUGUAUCAUGGAGACGCUAAUACUGACUGGAGUUUUUCCCAAUGCGCGCCUUCGUUAAAUUCUAACACAUCAUAAUAGCGAUUAUAUUUAUAUACAUUUUUUAAGGCAGUGGUUCCCAAACCUUUCAAUUCUCAAUGUCUUUACUGAAUCCAAGUUUAUUCAAGGUCUCUCAUGUCAAAUACAGGGCGAAAUACCUCAGCAUUUUUUUUUAAAGAAUUUUUUGUUAGGGACUUCUGCUACAGCCAUUGCUAAGAGGAUUACUGGUUUACACCAUCAGCCCCGCCUAAAGCACACAAUUUAUUAAAAUAAAUAGAAACUUCACCAAAAAGAAGCUUACAAAAUCCUGUUAUGUUUCGCGGCUCCCCUUUAAGAAAGUUGCGGCUCCUUAGGUGCACGCGCUAAAUAUCUUGGGAACCACUGGCUGAGUCACGUGUCAGAUACUUAUUAUGUUCGCAGGUAAAUCCCCAAACAUCGAUAUCAAAGGGAAUUUAAACUACGAGACGUCUGCCCUCAGAUCAACCGUUCUAGACAUCCAGUUGACAGAUGGCUUCUGCCGCUCACCCUUGUACCAACUAACACUUACGGUGAGCUGUGUACAUAGCGUACUCCUGUACAAACUGACACUAAUGGUGAGCUGUGUACAUCGCGUACUCCUGUACAAACUGACACUAAUGGUGAGCUUUUUACAUAGCUCGCCUCUGUACAAACUAAAACGAACCAUGAACUUCCUAUUUUUACUUGGAAAAAAUAUGAUCAGAUUGUAAACUAGCUGAAUACAAUAUUUCUCAAUUCGCCCACAAAUAAGAAAGAAAAUACUUUUUUUGUGUGCAUUUUUCGAGACUUAAUGAACACCAAUAAAAUUUGAUUCAAACAAACCAUUGUGUGUUUCAAUAUUUAAAAAUUAACAAAUUAUUAGAGAUAGCCCGAUGAACUUUGGCGACAGCAAUGCGUGAACUUCCCAUCUAGUAAAGUUACUUGACAAAACAUGAACUCAAGAUACGCAUAUUUAAGAAUCCCAAUAUUUGCUACACCCCUUCCCCCAUGAUACGUCACUUCACACUUUUUUUUUCCCACGCCCAAGAACUAUAUUACUGUUUUAACGUCCCAAACACUUUUAAACCGAAUAUUUAUUACACCGUAUUUAAAUUGAGAAGAUUUAAUUUCCGGAAAUAAAUAUUUCGCACCAAACGCAGUUCCGUUAUUUUUACACCACACACUUCCACCCUACCCCCCCCCCCCCCCCAAAAAAAAAAAAAUCAUAUAGCGUAGUUAUCGGGAAUUAUAUUUUGUGCGCUUUUCGGAAAUGGAAGUAGCCACACAGCAAGAGGGUAAUUUAAUUCAUCGAAAUCAUCCUUUAUCUUAAGUAAGUAAAAAAUCAUAAUUCUGAAGUCAUAUGAAAAGCAAGAAGAGGUUGUGUCAGGACAGGGCUUCAAUGUUCUUUGGGGCUGAGGGGUCCACUGGGGGGGGGGUGGACUUGUUUGAACUACUUUAUAUUUGCAUGUUUGAUUCGUAUUGUGUCCAUGAAGGGGGUUUCCGUAAAUGAGGACCUGGGCAAAUUCAUGGACCAGUCCAGGAGUCACAACCUCUGUCUGCUUCACUGUUGAGUGCAGAUGCAAACGUGUGUCUGAUUUCAGGUCAAAUGUAUCGAUCCACUUACAAAGUUUUACAGUAAUCUAAUUGCUCCUCCAGGUAACCGAUGUCAACGAAGCACCACUCAUCGUCCCCAGCGUCAGCAGGGUUGAGAUCUGCGAGGGAAAGGUAAUGCAACACAAGGUCAAUUUUGAUUCACAAAAGAACACCAACAAAAAUACAACAUUUAUUUGUUUUUGUAUGGAAAAUUAGUAUAAAAAAAAGCCAGACUUGUUCACCAUGACCUCUAUCUGAAAGGCUGAAUGGCCUAGUAUUUACAUGACCAGGUUGUAAAUGAACGAUGAUGAUGUAUUGGUCCACCAUGACCUCUGGCUGAAAGGCUGAAUGACCUAGUAUUUACAUGACCAGGUUGUUAAUGAACGAUGAUGAUGUAUUGGUCCACGCUUCAUUGUUGUUUGUAUUGUGGCUAUUUGUUGCUCCAAAAAAAUGAGUUACAUAUUUUCUUAAUGCGUUGUGGAAGUUUUUAAAAAAUGUAUUUUAUAGUAGCUGUUACGUCCGCAUCACUUUAAAUCACAAACAUUAAAAAUUCGUUAUUACUAUAAAAUGUUUGUUUUUUUCUUUUACAACCGAAAUAUGUUUACUUCAACCAGAACCAACAUAUUAAGUUCUCUCUGAUUAAUCUCAUGAUAUGUCCACGUCAUAUACUCCCCCACCCCCCAACCCUCACAUCAAAUCUGCACACGUCUAGAGAGACUUCAACCCGGGGUUCAGGAUUGUGGACGAGGAUGCCAGCGAUGUCCACAAGUGGUCCAUCUCCAACUUGACGUCCGACGUGGCCGGACACUUUGGCAUAGACAGCUCCACGGGCGUCAUGAGAACACUGCUGGACUAUGACGUCGACAUGGGCGCUAUGGCGGCUAAAAGACAGAUCAUUGUGCAGGUAAGAUGUGUGUGUGAGACUUACGACAUACACUCUUUUAAAACCCAUUACACAUUAUCUCUUAUUUCAGUGUUAACCAGACAUCUGUUACAACUUUCAAGUAUAACAAUUUGUUAUUUCAGUGUUAACCAGACAUAUUUUACGACUGUCAAGUAUAACAUCCGCUAUUUCAGUGUUAACUUACGGAAUCCUAACUUAUCAAUUAUAAGGUCACGGACAAAGGCGGCCUGAUUGCUACGGCCACUGUGGACAUCACGAUUCUUGACUGCAACGACAACGCCCCUGUGUUUAACAGCGCCAAUUAUUCAGCGGCGGCUACAGAAUGUACAGCUGCGGGUAUAUAUUGCUGGAUUUUUAUCUGCAUGUUGUAUGGCAGUAACACAUUUCGUAAUAAAAAAAAACUUAGGUUAUGUGAAAGAAAAAUUGUUCAAUGGUACUUCCAGGCCGUGAUAUAAUUAUUAUUAGGAAAAGAAAUGAUUGAUAGCGUUGAAUGUAACAUUAAUCAUAUAAAUAUUUCAUUAAUCAAUAAUAUUUUAUUAAGUCUGGUAAAAUUAGCAUUCCUAACUGGUUGACCUAAAUGAAAACAUAUUGCGGGCACAGGUUCCCAGUUAAUGAAGGUCACGGCAACAGACCGGGACUCGUCACGUGGGAUGAACAAUGUGCUACACUACAGGUGAGUGUCGUCACGUCAAUUGUUUCUUUGCUUCUUUGUUUGUUUGCUUUUUUGUUUGUUGUUUUUUUUUUUUGCAUUCCCCUUUGUAGACCUCAAAUAUCCGAUUAAAAUUAGACUUUUAAACAUUACAUACAGCGAUCCAUUAAUCCCAGAUUAAGGCAAAGGAUUACAGAAACGCCCCCCCCCCCUGGACUCCUGAAACAUGUUACUUUCACAUAGCCUAAGCUAGAGACUUAACUUUUUUAAUAACAGGGAGGUUGUUGCUCUUAACAGGAAAGCAUUAAAAAGAAUNAUAUAUAUAUAUAUAUAUAUAUAUAUAUAUAUCUAAUUCUUUCAAUAGCAAUUAUGAAAGAGCACACACUGGUUUAUUUAUUUCUGCACAUCCUAUUUCUCGCAUAAAUACUUCAGAAACAUUUUUUUUUCCUUUUAAAUCUCCAUUUUCCCAUUCUCCCCCCCCCCGGCCCCCUUCCCCUGACAUGUUCACUAUUUCAGUGGAUCUGGGGGCGCCAUUUACAUCGCUUCAGGGGGCGAGAUCAUCGUCGCCCAAGCCAUGCCAGCUGGCACGGUUCUCACAUUUUUCGCCUACGCCUAUGACAAUGGGCAAACACCAGGUCCGCUGAGAAGCCUACACCCAGCCGUUGUCAGCGUGAGAUUCACUGUAAGUAACAGUUAUUCCAGGAAUACAGAUGUAGGACUUUCACUUAAAUAAAAAGUGGUGGAUAUAGACUUAAAGUUGUGAAUUAGAAUUUUUCAAUAACAUUACUUAUUUUUUUAAAUAUAAUUUUGAGCGUCAAAGUUAUUAUUUUUUUUUUAAUGUUAGGUUUGCUCAAUUAUUGAUAGCCUUUGAUAAGUUAUGUACAGCCUCUCAGGUGUCAAGUCAGAGACAAAACCUCAGGGAACGUGUGUGUAAGAUCUUUGUAUAAUUACUAUAAUUAUUUAUGGUUUUUAAUUAUUAUUGUUUUUGUUUGUUUAUUAUUUUGUUUGAGAAACGCAUUAAAAAAAAAUAAAAUAAUUAAAGCGCAAUGAACCGUGUUAAGUGGCAAGUGUGUGGGUCUAAUUUUAGCGUUGUGACCACCAUCACGUGUCUCUCGUUGUUUGGAUUGCGGCGUCACGGCUUGAUGGGGGUUUGCCUCUUCUUUUUACCAACACCUCCCUUGAUUGGGAAAAUGUUGUUUAAUUUCGAAUACGUUCUAUCAGUUCGAAUGAAUGCAGCAAUCAGAUGACGAAAUUUAUAGAAUUUCUUUUCUGCAUUUGUUCUGAUUUAAUUCAUAUACAUAUAAUAUAGGUCGUCAUCUGUCCUAACGGAGUGAGAUUUUUGUUAAUUUUCUUAGAAAGUUACGUGACGUAAUAUACUUUCAAGAUGUACCCUUUUUGUGUGUGUGUAAACUAAUAUAUGCAUGUUUCGAGUAUUGUAAAAAUUUCAUUUUCGGUUCUGUAAGUUGAUAUUUUUCUGUAUAUUUGAAUUUAUGUUUUUACAUAAGUUCAAAAGCAUAAUUAAAAUGAGUUUUGUCAGUGUCUCUAGCUUUGGUGUCGUUGCUCUGUGGGCACUGGUUGCCAGUCCUUUACUACAUAUUGUUCAUAUAACGAGCCAAAUCUUAAAACAGAUAACAUUUCCAAAAAUCAUAUAAGGGAACUAAAUGGUCAGUAACUUCCAUAGAGUUUCAGGGGCAUCGUUAGAAUUGUUUAUUAUUGCCGAUAUCAGACGCUAUCCAAAAAAAAAAAAUAAAGAUAAGUAUGUGAAUCAUAAAAUGUUUCUAUCUCCUUCACUUGCUGUUGUACUUUCAUUUGAAGAAAUGCCCAACUCCACCGCCGUCGACUACGACUCCAGUGGCCACAACGUCACACUUUGCUUCAACCACAGAAACCCUUCCAAAGGAGGUGAGACUUUCUCUCUUUAAAUCACCUUUCAUAAAUACAAAUUUAUGUGUAAAUAUAUAGCCUUUAAAAAAAAUCAUAUAUUUUACACAUGUUCCAGAAAAUGGAUUUUUCUAAAGGAAGAAUUCAUCAGGCAAAAUAAUGAAAACAAAGAUCGCGAAAUUAUUUCAUGACGGGUCAAAAUAUUACAAAAGUUAAUUAUUGAAUUAUGCCACAUUUUUUAACACUGAUUAAAUAUUUUCGAAAUUUGAAAUCAUCAACAAUGAAAAAAAAUGUAUUUAUGAUUUUAUUACUUUAUGACUGAAUGUUACGUUCAUUUAAAUGCUACGAUUAAACAGUUUAAGGAAAAAGGAUCUCAAAAAAUCUUUUCUCCUCUAAAGAAUGACAACACGGCUUGGAUAAUCAUAGCAUCCCUGUUAGGGACCGCCUGGCUGGGCGUACUGGGAUACAUGCUGUGGAGGUACGGGGCGAAGUGUCUGGACGUGUGGCGCAAGAUAAACUGUGGUCAAGAUGCAUGCUGGGAAAAGAGAAGGUAA